UUAUUUCUUAUACGAUGAAUGCAAUGCUAGCGUUGGUCAUCUUAGUAGGUUUGGUUUCUUCAGUCAACUGUGCAUGUGACAUCGCGGCAUCAAAGAAGUGUGUUGUAGCGAAUGUCGAUAUGAGUCAAUCCAAAGAUGCUUUUGCAGAUAAAUUCUGUCAGAAAUCGAAGACGUUUUUAAAGUGCAUGGAAGCCGCAGGAUGCGACAACACUGAAGUCAAUACAGCCAAAGAACUAAGGAAACUAUAUGCCUGUGGCGGAUCCAUGGUAACCGCUUCAGUUUUGACCAUCUUUCUCACUCUGUUCACCAUGCUCUUCAAGUGAACAAGUUUCUGUGUUUGGCAGCAUGAAUCACACGAUGAAGAACACGGUGAUCACACAGGAAAAGAAAGAAAUGCUACUAGAAACAUUUUACAAAUAUUCAUGAAUAUUUUCCGUUACUAAUCUUUGUCUUGAUAUUAAUGUCAUUGUUUUACGUGUUUUAAAAAUUAAAACAAAA